AUGGCAUCAAGUGGAGAAGAGAAGAAGUAUUCAACAAGCGAGCUUAUGGCAAGCGCAAAGGUGGUUGCAGAGGCAGCACAGUCAGGUCUCGGGAAAGAAUCAGAGGUAGACAAAGCCAAAGCUGCACAGGCUGCAGGUGAUCUUCUAGAUGCAGUUGGUCAGUAUGCUAAGUUGGAUGAUAAUAAGGGUGCAGGACAGUAUCUUGAUAAGGCUGCUGAUUACCUGCAUCAGUAUGAGUCCGGCAACAGCACCACCACUGCUGCUCCACCAACUUCUAAACCAGAUCAGCCCAAAGGUGGCGAUGCACCGAAAUCCGAAGAAGCGGUUAAAUCCGAAGAUGGAGGAGGAUCAGGUGGGCUUGGUGGAUUAGGGGGAGAUUUUGCUAAGGUUGCUGGAGGUUUCUUUAAAUGA